AUGUCUGACGAGGCGACCGCAGCAUCGUUGCGGAAAUCUGGAAGGACCCGAAAACGACCUCUUCCUCCCGACGCGACCUACGACCAGAGUCCCACCUCGGCAAGCAAGACUAACGGGAUACCCCACGGCUCUGCAGCCAUACGUUUCAGCCCAGGAAAGCUCUUCGGGGAAUCGGUGGAACAGCCUGUAGCGGGCUCAUCAACGGCGGCGCAAACUCAGAACGCAAAUGAAAAUGGAAAUGUUGGCGAGGGUGAGGACGAAGAUGACGAGGAUGAACAGGAAGAAGAGCCGGUAUGGGCCGAGUUUAGUGCGGACUACUACCAAGUUGUCGAACAAUUGCCGCUCGAACUCCAUCGGAAUUUCGCGUUGCUACGAGAGCUCGAUGAGCAGACACAGCGCAAGUCGAGCAUUCUUCUCGAACUGAUUCGGCAAUACGCGAAUGCUCGCCUAGCGACCAUCCAGCCGAACGCGGACCAUCUCCCUGGUGACCCUUCCAAGAACCCUCAGACGGACUUGAGUCAGCCUUUACCAGAUAUCGCUACCCUGAGACUUCCAAGACAGGAUGCGAUGGAUAUCGAUCCACCUAAUAACUUGCCCCGAACACCGGGAAAAGGGCCGCUCGAUGGGGGACCUGGUCACAUCGCUGCCGGUCCAUCCAGGCAUGUAGAUGCUAUCCCCGAGGCUGAUACCGACAUCUCUGGCAAUGGACAGACGAGUGGAAAUAGGCUGUACUCGGUCAAGUUGACUUCAAACAUGUUGCCCCAGAUCGGGCAGCUGGCGAGGGACGUCUUGAGGGGAGCGGACGAGAAGGUUGGGAUCGCAUCUGGAUGUUAUAAUACAGUCGACAGACACGUUCGAUCGAUGGAUGCAGCUCUACAGGUCCAACAAGCGGCUGUGAACCUGGGUAUCCAGGAGGGAACCCUGCCUUCAGAGAUGAUUACGGGAUCGACCGGGCUGGGAGCAUCUGGUGCUACACGGGCGGAUGGACGAGACGCUCAAGAGGCAAUGGGCAUCUUUUCCGGCGGCCGCGAGAGGGGUUUGAAUGGGACCGCCGGAAACGGUCUGGCCAUCGAUGGGUUGAACGUCGGGCUUGCCGAAAGUCGGAUGGGUGCAGGCAGGGCGAACGAAGAUGAUAGAGGGCCGAUUCCGAUUGUCGCUGGACAUGUGGCGGCGCAGAAUUUUGACUUGAAGGUGGACCCGAACGAACCGAGGUAUUGUUACUGCGAUAAUGUCAGUUUUGGGGAGAUGAUUGGAUGCGAGAACGACGACUGCCCUCAUGGAGGAUGGUUCCACCUCACUUGCGUCGGGAUGAACACGGCACCCAAGGACAAGUGGUGGUGUUCCAGCUGCAAGCCCGCCGACGAGAGCGCAAUAGGUGGAUCUUCUAGGGGGAAGAAGGGAAGAAGCAAGAAGAAGACGAAGCGAUAA